CACAUCCCGACCGGCCGCGAGGACCGAGGUUACCGCCGAUCGCGUCGCACAGUACUCGCCCGGCCGCUAGUGUGUUUGCGCGCGCACGUACGAAGGCAACGCGGGAAACGCCGCCAGCAACGUUACUCCACCUGCGAGACCUAUGACAACAUAUGAUUAAAUAAGUGCAAUAAUAACCACUUUAUAAAUUUGCAAAGCUUUCAUUUCGCAAGGAUUGACUUUUGACGAGAACAGCAGUGUUGAGUGUUUGUGUUAUAGCAUGUUUGUGGACUUUUAAUAGGUGAAGCCAUAGACAUGGCUAGUUUCGAGGACCUCUCCUUCGACUGGUCGACGCUCUGCCAGGAGUGCCCCGAGUGCUGGACUGCAUCAGAUCUCCAGUUAGCGGCUGAACUCGGAAAGACACUCUUGGAAAGGAAUAAGGAGUUAGAAACUGCGCUGCGUCAACAUCAAAAUGUUAUCGAAGAUCAGACACAAGAAAUCGAAUACCUAACAAAACAAACUGCGGCGUUGCGUGAAGUCAACGAUUCAAGACUGAGGAUCUACGAACAACUAGAAGUCAGCAUUCAAGACUUGGAGCGCGCAAAUCACAGACUAGCCGUAGACCAUGCAGCGGACAAGAAACACAUUAAGACUUUAUGCUGCAACAUUGAAACGCUGGAAAACAAAUGUGAGGAAUUCCAAAAGACUGUAGAUGAUUUGAACGCCCAAUUAGAAAUAGUAAGGCGGCGAGCUGAGCGAAAACCAGAAAAUGAAAAACCCAAAGAAAAUGAUAUCAAGACUGUGGAAUCUACAGCGAUUAACGCCAAGAAUGUUAUCGCCACAACGCAAAAGUCGAUUGUACCUCUCCCAGAACUGACAAAAGAGGAUGAGGAUCUACUAAGACUAAGCGAUGAGCUAAGAGAGAACAAAGUAGCUUUUGCUCAAGAACAAAGAAGAGUAACAGAGCUUGAAGAACAGCUGGCAUCGGUGAUACAAGAGAACAAUAGACUGCAAGAACAACUGAGAAAUUGGCAUCAAAGAGAAGAUGAACCGAAAUCUAUGCAUGAAGAGCUCUCUAUCCUUGAAGAAGUCAGACAAGGACAGCUAUGUAUCAGAUGUCUAAGAGGCAUGGAACGGGACGACAUGUCCUCCAUACUCGAUGGUGAGGACGACGAUAGGAGCGCCAUUAGUUCUCUCAUCCUCACCCCUGGUCAACAGAGCCCCAAAGACGACCACGUCACCAGCAAACUUGUCAAAUUUGACAAUGCUAAGGAGAAGCUACUGCAAGGCAUUUGGGCCAACAAAGAAGACGGCCACGAUAACCCAUACAGAGAGCUGGUUCAGAAAUACGAAGCUUUACUCGAAGUUCAACUUUCGCAGGUGAUUAGAAAGAAUAAGCCAAUAUCUUUGCCUAACACACAAAUUCAAUCAGGACCCAUUUCACUACAAGAUGAAUUGCAAACAUCUGGCGAUUACUGCCAAUUCAAUGUCAAAGACACGGACGAAGAGAGUGGGCACGGCGAGGAAGCCCAGAAAGAAAACAAUCAACAAAAGAAAGUGGAACAAACAUCUCGUAAGAAGAUUAUACAGACUCCGGACUUCUCUGAAGCCGAAACAUCCAGUUCAGGCUUUUCAGAUGAAACUAGCAAUAAAGCUACGCAAACAGAACGUGAAAGACCCGGCUCUUUCCUAUGCACAAUUGCAGACGGUGAAGAUUAUCGUUUCAGCAUUUAUGACGAUGUGAGCCCAAUGGAUAGUCGCUUCCGGAACAGACCGGAAUAUCGCGAACUAUUCAAGGAAAUAUUCACUAUACUAAAGAAAGCAGCCGAGAACAAAGAUGAUGGAGAACAGCUACCACUCCUUGAUGACACAACAACUGGAAAAGUACCACCAGUGACUCCAGCCACGGAAGAACCUCCUGGCAACUUUACUGAUGAUACUCAAAGCGUAUUGUCGUCUGUGAUGUCUGAGCAAUCGAUUCCAGUAUCUGAUAUAACUACUCCAGAAACAGCUAUUUCAAAAGAAAAGGAGCAAUCGAUACCUGAAACCGUAAACAUGUCUGUGAAAAAUGAAACUACAAAACAGAAUGAUACGAAAAAUGUCAAGGAGAACAAACCAAUGGUUGAGAGCACCUCGGAGAAUCCAAAAGAUACCGUCAAUACAAAAGAGACUGACAAGGAAGACGAUAAAGAAAAGGAACGGGUGUUGACACCGUUGGUGCGUCAACCACUGGAAUACAUCGCAGCUACUAGAAAGAAGUCCAGACAUCGCAACCGCAAACACAGCCAAGAUCGUCAAGGGGCUGAUUCACCUGUAUUCCCAUCACCACCUAAAAUUAUCUACCAGAAAUCGUCGAGCAAAAAGAGACGAGACUAUAGACCCAUCGAAAUAAGUCCUCUUGUAAGAACAUCGGACGCCGAAUGGAACGGAUCCACCCUUCAGUUUUACAACAGGAAUAUAAAUUCCCCAACCCCUAGUGUCAGCGGCCGGACGGGGAAAAUUUAUCAAGGCUGGAACGCAGAAACCGACUCGUGGGACAUUAAGCAGAGCACUGCGUCUCAGGAAAUUCAUAAAUUAAGAAAACUAGAGCUGUCAUACGCUGAAGUGCUUAGAAACGCGGAUAAAACUAAAAAUCGGCGCAAGAAACAUCAGUAAAUUGUAAAAUUAUGCCUAAGGACCCCUCUCGCUUUAAAGUGAGAGUUGAGUGAUCAACCGCCAUUUGUCUUCGCCAACUGGACAGCUUUAGUUGUAGAGGUUUUGUGAUCUGCUAGCGUUACUUAUUAUUUGUACCACAAACCUAUAUUGGUUGCCAUAUAUUAUGUUCUUAUAUAGAUCAUUAUAUCGUUUACCUAUUUAUCAACAUAUAAAACAUUAUUCCAUCAAAAAUAGUCCAGUGCUGAAAUUAAUUUAUUAUUAUAUAUUUGAAAUAAAUAUUGUACCCUCCGACAUAACAAAAUAGAGUAACGUACUUCUUAAUAAAUAUGCAUUUAAUAAAAUCACGAAAGUAUGUGUUACAGCUUAACUUGAAAAUGGUUAAAAUAUUAUUUGUUGCAUUUGAAAUUUUAUUAUUUGACAUUUUCAACAGAAUGAGUUGAAUCCUUUAACUCGGUUCCGUUAAAACUUCAGUCACUAUUUUAAUUGUAUAUUAUGUAUUUGAAUUAUAGUGCAGUCAGUGGGGAAUUGCACCUUACAAAAGUUGCGUGAAAUUUUAAGUAGUAACUUAUGGAAAAAUACACGUUUUAGUCAAUACUUGAACGACAUAAAAUAUCUUUACUACCCUUUUGUGAGGCAACUCCCUUUUUAAUCUCUACGGAUUGGACUAUAAUAAAUUUAUUUGUAAAUAUUCAUUUAAGUUAAUUUUAUACAUUAAUUUGCCAUGGUAUCUGCGAGUACUAUAAUUCUUUAUGGAAUUGUAUGCUGAAAUUUUAUUUAAUGAGAAUGAAGAAAAGAGGUUGAAGGUAUGAAAUAAAAAUUUGCAUUAAAUAUUA